CCUAUUCACGAGCGGACAAGGUUGACGCAUGCGUAUUGUCAAUAAGUGUUGACCACUUUUAUUAGAUUUGCUUUAGGGCUGCCUCAUAUUUCAUUAUUUUGCUUAUGCAAUAUAGCGACUGCAAACCAAGGUUUCAACGACACUCGACUACAAAAUAGGCCAUCAGACAGCGCCUGUGCUUUUUUGUGUGUGUGCUGCGUUUAGACCAUGUUUACAUCCCAGACGUCGUCGUUCCAGGAUUCCAUAGACGUGGAGGAGAAAGAUGACUUCGACAGCGAGGAGAUUGCGGCUUACGGCCAGAGGACUCAAUUGAACUGCUACUAUGCCAUUUAUCUCUACGAGGGAACGAGAUCGGAGGCUACCGAGGAAAAUGCGGCUUGGAACCAGAGACGUGCAGAUUCCACAACCAGUCAGGAGGACUUUAGCUUGACUCUGAUUGACAGCAGCCUGCCAAUGGAGGCGGAACCGGAGCUGCGCACGUACAUCUCAAGGAGGCUGAGCAAAGGGGCCCUGCUCGGAGGCAUGGGCAACAUUGCCACCGUGGAGCUCAGUCUUCCAGAGCAGGCCGUGGGCUGCUACUGCUGCCUUCUCGAGCAGCAAACGUCUCCGGAGCAACCUGACGCUGACGGCAAUGGACACGUUAUCUGCUUCUUGGGGGGCUCUGAAAAAGGACUCAAUUUAUAUAGGAUGGAGCUUGAUAAGUACGUACAAGGCUUGCAAAGCACUCUGCAAUCAUUCGAGCCGCAAAACUUGGAGACGGAGUUGCGUCCAUAUCUUAGCCGCUGGUACGAAGAAUCUGUCAUGCACGUUUACCGUGUGGUGCAGCUGGUCCAGAACAACAUCAGCUUCUUGCUGCAUGCGGCUUUGAGUCACAAUCACGUGGAGGUCACCAACGCAGAUGACAGGACAAAAGCGGACAUUUCCCGAUUCAUCAAAGCAGCUAGCUUGCAAGGCCUGUCGCAGCAAGACACUACAGCAGCCUCACUCUGCAAGGCCAUGUCAGAAGACGCCCAUUCCCACCUGACCCUCGACUGCUCCGUUACGCCGCCCACCCUCACAAACACUGUUAGUAACCGUUUCUGUGAUGACUGGAGUCAAGCCUUCUUGAACGCAGCAGAACGGGCAAACCCAUUCCUACUUAGGCAGAUCCUGGAAAACUUCAAACUGAAGGCUAUCCAGGACAUGAAUAGCCUGAAGCGCUUCGUGCGCCAGGCCGAGAUGAGCCACUACGCGUUGUUUCGCUGCUGCCAGUUCUUGCAGGGCUGCGGCAACGGCGACGUGCUCCUGCAAAACGCCAUGGCAGAGCACAGCGACCUGCCCGAAGCCUGCCGCAUUAUCACCGUCCUCGAGGAGUUCCUCAGGGAGCAGUCGCAGGCCUGAUUGCCAUUCCGACAUUAAGUCAUCGCUUGUUGCCUCCUGAUAUUCUAAAUACAUUUUGCCAGCAGGGAAAAUUGUAUUUUUACUAUAUAGACCACCCAUUAAUCCACUUGUAAAUGUGAAAAUUUAAAAAAUGAAUAGUUUUAAUAUGGUUGUAAAGUUAGAUGUGCAUAAUCUUUAAUUCUUCAGGAGUUUACAGUACUGUAUGAUGAAACGCUAUGUGCUAACUGACGAAAUGUAUCAUCUUGAAUUGUUUAAUUUUUGUCAAAUUUUUUUUUUUUUAACUCUUACAGGGUGUCACUAAAAAGCGAGCACCCUAACCUCAACUUUUCUUCUGCAGCACUUUUUAAAACAAUCACAACUGUGACAGUGCUGUCCAAAAGGUUGUUCGUGAAAUGCCUAUUUUAAUUUACAAUUAAAAGCACCAUUUGUAUUUAGACUUUUUGAUGCGUCAGUACUAUAUAUUUGUUUCAAAUGUAAGUUUGCAAUUGUUCUUUCAAUUAAGAAUGCUGUUAUUAAUGUAUUCAUGUAUGUACCAAGUAGUUUUCACAAAUGCUUUGUGAUCAGUCAUUCACUAUGUUUGCCUGUGUUUAAAGUUUGUGCAAUUUGAUGCUGUACUGUGAAUUUAAACUGUAAUAAACCAGUGAAGUGAA